ACGUGCGACCAGACCCAACCCUCCGGUCGGAAUACUCCAAGUUUGUCUUCUCCCCUUUCCCUCCCUCGCAUCCCCCCAUCCGUUAAAAGGUGGUUAUUUUGCAUACAAUGCUUGCCAGUUAAUCCCAGUGGCCAAAGCUGUACCGGGAAUGGAGGAGUUUCCUGUGCGUCAGCUGUUUGUACUGUGCAAGUUUUUCGUUUCUUUCCCCGCCGCUACUUGCUUCCUCCCCAACCCGUGCUUGCGUUUUCACCGGAGAUGGAAGGGGGGCAGAUUUUUCGUAGUGGCGUUAUGUAGGAUCUGCGAGCCUAUUUCGUUCUGUUCCAAUCUUCCGUAUAUCUAUUAUAUGAUUGAGUCGCUGGCAGUUCGGUUUGUUCCAUACUCUUCCUCUAGUAGUAUUGUAGUGGAGAUGUCAUAUGUGACUGAUGAUUAUGGUAUUUGUUUACAGAAAAGCGCUAACGAAAUCGCUGUCUACGCUGGUAUGGUCACCGGCGCCUUUGCAUUUGCCGAGUUCACGACCGGGAUGAGGUGGGGCAAGAUCUCAGAGAUAUUUGGGAGAAAGCCUAUAUUGAUCAUGGGCCUUGUGGGGGCUAUGUUCUCCAUGAUAAUAUUCGGAUUUGCAAAGAGUUUUCCUGUAGCGUUGAUAGCCCGCGCUGUUGGUGGGGCCUUGAAUGGGAACGUUGGAGUAAUUCAGACCACUGUCGCGGAGCUGGUCACUGAGAAGGAAUAUCAAGGUAUGACGAAUUGGUUGGUUAUAUUGGAGGCACUAAUGGCGAUGUUGACAGUUGUUCAGCUAGGGGCUUUUGCGGUUAUGCCCUUUGUCCGGUGUCUAUGGUCUAUUAUCGGUCGCACCCUCGGCGGUCUCUUGGCCGAGCCCGUGAAACGAUACCUGGCAGUGUUCCAUUCUGGCGGUGUCUUGGAGGAGUGCCCCUAUCUCCUACCCAACCUGGUAUCCGCAAUUGUCCUGGUGGUGGGAAUUAUCAUUGGGACAUUGUUCCUAGAGGAGGCUCAUGAGAUUCUCCACGAGAAACUAGAUAUUGGGGUUAGGGCUGGAAGGAAGAUAGCCAAGGCCCUGUUCGGCUGCGACCAUUUCUUUCCCUUUCCCCAUACAAACGACCUUUCCCUUCCGUUUUGGAGGUCCCAAACGGAAUGGGGUGUUUGGCAACCAACACAACUGACCGUUCCGUUUGAACAGAGUUCUUGCCCUACACAAGCAGUACCAAAACCUCAGGUUAUGUAUAUAGAGAAAAUUAAAAGCAAAUAGAAUAAAUUCCUUCCGCAUAUGAAAAAUUAAUCUAAUAUUUUAAAUUAAUAUCAAUAUCCUAUCUACAUAAUUGACACCUUCUUUGUACCCUAUCUAGAACUUCUACUUUUGCUCUUUGUUUCUCAAUUUAAUAGCAACAAAUAACAAGGUUAAUAAAAUCAAUAAAGCCAUAAUGCAGGGACAGAUUUGGAAUUGUGAUUUUUGAUACGGAAGAGAUAGACAAUUUUAACACAUUAAUAUGAACUGAUUGUGAAAAACAUUUACAAGACAUCAUUCAAGGACAAAUUUUCAAGAUAAGAACCAAUAGGGUAUCUCUGUCAUAAUAAGUAGGUCAAUUACUAGGUCAAAUACAGUAGGGUUUCCAUUCACAAAAGGUAGGAAACGGAAGGCAACCAUUUCUGUCAAACAAACCAUUACAAAACGGAACGGAACGGUUGCUUACGGUUCCGUUUUUGCCGAACAGGGCCCAAGUUUUUCGGGAGACAAAGCAAUUAUGAGGGUAAUAUUGAGGGUGUGGAAGGAUACGGCUCUCCCACUAACGAGGAGGGAGGGCUAUUAACCAGUGGUAGUAUCAUAUGAUAGUGAGGGUGGCACAUUUCUUAAUGCCCCAGCGACGAAUAAUACGGAGGAGGAUAUGUAGGAAAGAGACCUCAAAUCGCCAAGACAUUCGCCACCCCCGGUCAUAGCACUAAUCGUGUCAUAUGGGAUAUUGGCAUAUCACACCAUGGGCUUUGAACAACUCUUUCCUGUCUUUCUAUCGACCCCUCAGGCCGCAGGACCCCCGCAUUAUCUAUUCAAAUUUACUGGCAGCUUUAGUUUGGACACCCGGUCUAUCGGCCUCAUCUUGUCGGCACAAGGUGUCGUUUCGAUGGCCAUCCGGCUCUUUCUCUUUCAACCCAUAGUCGAACACUUUGGAACCCUAAGCGUUUAUCGAUUUUGCAUGUUUCUAUACCCAAUAUCUUACUUCAGAGUUCCAUAUAUUGAUUUUCUCCCCCCGUCGCUUUCGGUGGCUGGGGCCGGCACCGUCCUUCUUGUGAGGGUCGCCUUUUCCGUUCUUGCAUACCCCUGCAACGUGAUCUUGCUCACCAACGCCGCUCCAUCCCUUCUUGUCCUCAGCGCGAUCGACGGCAUCUCUGCCGGUGCUGUAAGCCUCUGUCGAGCUUUUGGCCCGACCAUUACCGGAUCAAUCCACACUCAAGGCCUCGGUUGGGGAAUGGUAGGUCUUGCCUGGUGGGUCAAUGCUGGUAUUUGUGUGACCGGUGGCAUUCAGUGCCUGUGGAUGAAAGAGGAA